CUCACCUUGAUAAUAAAAAUAUAAUUUAAAAAUUUUUCUGAUGUUUAGUGCAGAAAGUGCUAUUUAAAACAAAAAGUUUUUUUAAAGUAGUCGCUAGCGGUGAAGAAGUAUGAAUAUGUACUACUUUGCUCUCAAAUGCAUAUUUACAAUGAUUGUACUAGUAACUCCUAGUUCAACUGAGACGCUAAAACCGAAUUUCACUCAACUGAAUUGUAUAGUUCUCGACAAGUCAUUUUUAGCUUUCGAAGUAUGCUCUUUGGACAGUAAAAGUGUAGUGAAUAUACGACUUAAAUUGCUUAAACGGCCACUGGAUAAUAUAAUGCUACAAGGAAUGAUAAUGAAGUAUACAAAUGGCAGCUACCAAAAUUAUUACUUCAACAAUCUCUAUGAUAUAUGCAAGAUCAUGCGCUCCAAACGCAAUGUGUUCGUGCAGUUUGUAUAUCAGCUAGCAAUGCCGUAUACAAAUUUUAAUCAUACCUGUCCUUUUAAUGAGCCUUAUAUGUUUGUGAAAAAUUUUCCAUUAGAUGACAUCGCCUUGCAUCCACUAAGAAUGUUAACGAAAGGAAAGUAUGCCUUAAUCGGUACAUGGAUGUCGAAUAGAAUCAAGCGUAUGAACAUUGAAUUGUAUUUAACAAUGCAAAAUUGAA